AUGGUAUUAAUCUCUAUAACAGUCACACAUAUGUUAAUGGCGAAUCUGAUGAUUGUUCUUAUUGAUAUAUUCGAUCUUGCGGAACAAAUAGGCAUAUAUUUCGCUGUAAAAGGCAAUGAUCCGACUGAAAACAUUCAACGACGUUUCUUUUUCAUCUUAUUUGCUAUUGGUGCUAUCUCUGUAUUCAAACCACUAUUCAAUCAGCCACGACUGCAUAUCAUUUUCAGUUUAUGUAUAGAAAAUCUGAAAUUAAUACUUCACUUGAGUUUUCUACCGCGUACAGCUGAUUUACUAACGAUUACCAUUCUUUUUUUCUUUAUUGAAGUCCUAUUCCAUGUACUCGCUCUAUAUACUGCGUGGACUUCUAAUGGCAACUAUCCGAAUCAACGUCAUCCUCCUUGUUGUACAAUAUGUAUGCUUUUAUGCUGGUACGAAAUGAUGUUCGAAACUCAAAUACUCCUGCUAUUCGUCGAUUCAACAUCGCCGUUUCGAGACACGUUCUAUGAGAUUCUGAUUAACCUAUCGAUCUUUUUCGGUUUAAUCGUCGUCGAUAAACAUUUUAGCUGGAGGUUAUACAUAGAUGAUGUUAAUAAUGAUCGUAGUUUAUACAAUAUAUGGCGAUUGAUUGUAAACAUAUUGGGCGUUGUGGAAUAUUUUAUAUUGGCUAUGACUGGCAUUGUAUAUGCAAGCAAGCUGCUUCAUAACAGCACACAGUUGAAGACAUAUGACUUUAUUGUAUGUAUUUUAAUGUUGAUCUGCUAUGGGGUGAAUGUGAUCGUGAUUACACUUAUUGCUGUGGCUGCUCUACAUUGGUACAUACCAAAAUGGCAUCGCCGUUCAUUUCGGACGAAUUCGUGA